AUGGGGUCUGUAGAAAUGGACCAGUUGAAGAAGGCUAGAGAUUUGGCCAUGACUAAUAGUCCUGGUCAGAUGUUGCCUAAAGUUCUAGAGACGACAAUGGCUUUGUACAGUUCUAGUAAUUCUUCAAACGAAUUGAAGUUGGAAUUAGCUAGGUUUUUCCCACAGUUGUUUUUAGAUAUUUUAAAUCAUAGUAAGAUCCAAUCUAGUGAAAAGCCUUUUAUUGCUUCAAGCAAUUUGGAGUCUCUUUGGAUUAUUUGUAAAAAAAAUAAAGAUUUGUCCACUUAUAAACAUUGUAUAUACACUUUUGCAGCUUGUUAUGCAAUGUUAUUUGAUCUUGUUGCUAAAACUUCAAAUCAAAAUUUAUGGAAUACUAUGCAAGAGAUGAAAAAUUUUAUAAUUUCAAAUUGGAAUACCACUUAUCCAUUACCUUCAAAUACAACUGAAUUUGGGAUCUUGCUAGAUAAACCAGUUAAUAUCGGUUCAAAGUUGGCUACUGCAAAAUUCAUUAGUGAAAUAGUUAUCGUGCAUACUUCUUCCUCUUCCUCCUCCUCUUCAUCAUCUAGUAGUUCUAGAAAUGGAGUUGUAACCACUAGCAUAUCUUCAGUGCCAAGCAAUCACCCUGUAAUAAAAAAUAAAGCUCAAAUCGAAUCAGAAGCUAAAAAGCUGCUAGAUGUACUUUUAAAUUAUCUGAUAGAAGAACCAUUGAUGAUUGCUCCUGUAUUUGUAGGGAUUAUAAAUUGUUUAUCAUUCAUUAUGAAACAGAGACCUCAUGCAGCUAUUCGUAUAUCUUCAGCUCUGUUAAAGUUCAAUAUCGACGCCAAAUUCCAAUGCGAUUCAAUGUCUCCAUUAAAUUAUAGAUUAUCAAAAAGAUUUGUUGAACGUUCUUAUAAAAAUUUUGUUCAAUUCGGUUUAAAAGCACAAUUAAUUAAAAACUCUGGCCAAAUGAGUAAUAUAUACACAAAAUUAGCUAAAAUAUCUCAGACUUUACAUGGUAUUGGUGAGGAAACUAAAACAAAGGGUAUACUAAACUUUGAUGCUAAGCAAAUCGAAAAACCAAUGUCAGAAAAGGAUAAACUGAAAUAUAUCCAGAAUGCAGCAAGUAAAAUGAAGAAAAAUCUUAAUGACGAAAAUCAAUAUAUCAAAUCUGAUGAUUCAAAGUCAAGUUCAAGCUCCAUAUCAGGAUCUACAAGUGCAGGCUCUCAAGGUUCAUUAAAUGAACAAAGGGAAGAUAGUACUUCUAAAUCACCCACACCAACGAUAGAUGCUACCACUCAGAAUCUAAUGAAUUUACAAAAGUAUACCAUGUCCAAGAAUUCUUCCACUAACUUUUUCAAUACAUCUCCAGUUGCGUUUGAUAAUUCUUACGGUUCAAUUUAUUCUCUGAUGAAUAGUAAACAUUCUGAACAAGAUAUUUCUUCGUUAUCACAAGAUAUAAUGACAAAAUUAUGCAGUGAAGCCUUAUACAAUGUCGAUACUACUAGGCUAGUCUCUGGACUGUCAAUUGUUGCAUCCAGAUAUACAGAACUAAUGACAAAAUCAGUCCCUUCAGAUUCUGAUGCAGAAUCAAAAAAAAGAAAGCUAGACGCCGAAGCUACUGAAAAUGUAGCAGCCAAAAAGGUUAAAAAUGAAGAUGAACAGUUUAAGAAGGAACCAUCCGAUGAAGUGGUUGACGAUGAGGAUGAAUACCUGGCCGAUGAGGAUAACUAUCAAGUUUCCGCUGAUCAAAAGAGUGAACCUUUGAUCAUUAAACCAGCAGCGAUGUCUCAUGAUGAUAAGAUAAAACAUUUGAAACAUAUUGCUAACAGAAUAAUGGGUAUAAGAGAUUCAGAUGAAGCAACUGGAAUAUCAGGUGCCUUAGAUCAACCAAUAAAUCCCUUACAAAAAGUUAAGUUAAUGCAGUGGGAUAACAAAGAAACCUGGGUUCAAAUAUUAACAAGAUUAGCUACUCGCGGUGUGAGCCAUGAUGAAGAGAUGAGUGACGUAAUCAGACAAACGCUUUAUGACUACUUCAUUGAUGAUAUUAACAAUAGAAUUGCUAUUGUAAUCGAAUGGCUGAAUGAAGAAUGGUUUUAUGAAACUUUGAUGAACGAUAAAUUGGAAGAAAAAGAUGAAAAUUCAAAUCAGCAAACAUAUGAUAAAUGGUCAUUAAAGCUGCUCGAUGGUCUUGUGCCAUAUUUGGAAAACCAACACAGAAGAAUAUUUAUUAGGCUUGUAAGUGAACUUCCUAGUCUUACCCAAGAACAUAUAGAUAGGGUGAGACCAAUUUGUCUAGAUCCUGCAAGAAGUUCAUUAGGGUUUCAAUCGUUGAAAUUUCUAUUGAUGUUUAGACCACCAGUUAAAUCAAUGAUCAAAAAUCUAUUGGAACAACUGAAAGAAGAAGAUUCCAGUACAGCUGAGCAAUGCAACGCCAUUUUAACUAAAUUUUUCCAAUGA